CCCGCUUGAAGGAAUGAAGCAAUAACACCGACCUUAUUAUUCCAAAACAUUGGAACGAAAGUGGGAGGGGACUGAAUUCACUUUGACUCAAGACACAGCUGGAUGGGACUAAUUCUUAGAAACUUAUAAAUGGAACAUAAUUAACCAAAACUCGUAAAUUAAAAUGCUGAAAUGGAUUGUAUGGAAUAGCCUAGCUCGAUGAACGCAACAAGCUUCCGAAGCUUGUGAUUAUCUGGCUGACACAGCUCAGUUUGUUGGAUACGAAUGGCACCGGUGAUACGCAUGACAACUAUGUGGACAAUCUACAUACCGUAUUUAACCUAUAUAUUCGUCUCCAUUGUGCCAUCUUGGGCAGUAAUAGAAGAGGAACUGUUCAACUCUCUCCAUCAGACAGAUCCGAAAUGGACUUCCUCUCCACAGAAAGCUUGGAAAGUAACUACAUUCAGACUUGGUGCCGACUCUGAUCACCCAGUUUUUCAAGCUUGUGCCAACAUUCCCUCAGGCAGCACCACCAAACGCUUGACUACCCAUUCGAUUCCAAGGAAGAAUGCUCGUAACGUAUUACUGGAUAUAAAGUUUGUCCAGGAGAUCGAAUCGGGGCCUUUAAGUCAUUUAAGUAUCUCUGUUAAGGAAACCUCUUCCUCGUCGAGACUACCAGCCCGGAGAAGCAGGUUGAUUUCCAAACUCAGCGCACCAAAAGGCUUUCCAGAGGACGCCGAUGUGACGAAUGUGGAUGUUAUGGAGAAGUACCUGCAUAGCGUGCAGGGAAUAGACGUCGGAGAGGUGUCGUCGGACUUUCAGCUGGACUUCUCUUACUCCGGCCCCUGCGUUUUCGUCGCUGCUGUGAGGCUGUACUAUAAGCAGUGCCCCACGUUUCAGGGCAACCUGACCGAAUUCAGGGCGGCACCAGCCGGGUCUGGGCUUCAGAGGGGCACAUGCGCCGGUGGUUCCGUGGAGGACACUGCUCCACAACGCGAAUGCGGAGCUGAUGGAUCCUGGGGACCGUUGCAGGGGAUGUGUCUGUGCCCGCCAGGUCACGAGGAGGUACAAGGUUCUUGUAAAGUCUGCCAGAUUGGUACUUUCAAGCCAAACAUUGAGAGAGGACGAUGCCACCAGUGCCCUCCCAACAGUGAGACUAAGGUGGUGGGGGCACAGCAGUGUGUUUGUGUCCAUGGAUACUCUAAGUUGAUAAAUGAUCCAGUUCCCCUCGGCUGUACAAAAUCACCUUCAGAGCCUGUAAACCUGACGCAUCAUCAGCUCAAUGACUCCACCCUAACACUACGCUGGGACCCGCCCUCCAACCUGGGUGGCCGACAGGAAGUGACAUACGCGGUGGAGUGCAGGCAGAGGGCGAGCGAGACGAGUGACCAGUGGGCUCCCUGCAGUGACGCCACCCGCGUCCUGCCCAGGCCCACUGACCUGACGGCCACUGCGGUCAACAUUACCGGACUUCAGGCCCAUCUGGACUACAAACUCGCCGUUAGGGCCAGUAACGCCGUGGGAUCCGGUGCUCAAACCUCAACUACCAUCCACAAAUGGAAGGUUCCGGUCAUCACUCCCUCAGAGCCAGGUCCGGAGAAAUCACUGGUGGAGAAGGGGUCUCCAUCUCUGCUGGUUGGUGUGCUGGGUGGAGGUGUGCUGCUCAUGGUCCUAGUGCCUGCUGUGUUGUAUCUGCUGCGCAGGAAGUACAAGAGGCACAGUCCAUUGCAGGAGGAGCCUCUGCUGCCCUCGUACCCUGUGGUGACUUACAGGCGAGAUGUGGAGCCUCAGCCUGAUCCAGCAUCACCUACUGGCGAGGGUGCAAGAGCUUACCCAGCUCCGCUCCAGGUGCUGGCUGGCCUCAGUGAGAAGCUGUUGUCCAGCCUGAGGGAGGUGCUGGUGGACCGGGCCAGUCUGACGCUGGGCAAAGAGCUGGGCAAGGGGGAGUUUGGAUCUGUGUAUGAAGGGAUCUUCAGUCCACAGGGAGGAGAGGAGAUGAAGGUGGCAGUGAAAACAAUGAGAGCUGGUAUCCACUCCCACGAGGAUCUGGAGACCUUCUUGAAGGAAGCUGAGAUCAUGAGACAUUUUGACCAUGAAAAUGUGGUCAGUCUUCUGGGUGUCACUCUAGAGCAGGAUGAGGACUCCUCCAUCCCCGUGCCUCUGGUGAUCCUGCCCUUCCUGAGGCAUGGAGACCUGCGGCGAUUCCUGAUCGCCACUCGCUAUGGGGACAUUCCCAUGUUUGUACCCUAUCAGAGUCUGCUCCGCUUCAUGAUUGACAUUGCUUCUGGGAUGGAAUAUCUGAGUUCCAAAGGCUUCUUGCAUCGGGACCUGGCUGCACGCAAUUGCAUGUUGGGGGAUGACUUGCAUGUGCGUGUGGCGGACUUUGGCCUCUCCAAGAGUGUCUACAGCGGCAACUACUACAGGCAGAAGGUGGCCAUCCGUUUGCCUAUGAAGUGGAUGGCCAUAGAGAGUCUGUCCGAGUCCAUGUUCACCACCAAAACAGAUGUGUGGUCCUUCGGGGUGACCAUGUGGGAGAUCAUGUCCAGGGGGAAGACGCCCUACCCCGGGGUUCACAACCAUGAGCUCCUGGCUUAUCUGGAGGCUGGCCAGAGGCUGAAACCACCUGCAGACUGUGAAAGCACGCUAUAUGAGGUGAUGCAGAGCUGCUGGGAGAGUGACCCAGCACAGAGGCCUGGCUUUGCAGAGCUAGGUGUGCAACUCAAAGGCCUUCUGUCCAAGCUCCCACCCCUGGAGGCCAGCAAGGAGGCCCACUACAUCAAUCAGGGUCUGGAAGCUGCCAUUCAGGGGGGUGCGUCCGGAGUGGACACUGAGUUGGAGGAAGCUGCUGAGGGCAACAUUUACCUGCCAGAACCUGUGGCUGCUUACCUUCCUCCACACGGGACAGAGCAAGAGGGGGAUGGCGGGAAAGACGAAGAGGGAUAUUUGUUGUUUGUUAAGGCUGGUUCAGCUCACGGACCAAAGGACUAACUUUGCACUAGCAACUUUGGACUUCUUCAGGGGGGAAUGAAUACUCAGGGUCUAUGUUCUUGUUUAUUUGUUUAUUUUGUACAUCCAUGUGUUAGAAAGGGAAAGUGAGAGAAAAGAGAGUUCUAAGUGCAUUGCUUUUCAUAAGUUUGAGAUCUUCAGUUAUCUCAUAGCCUGCAUUUCUCAUAGUCAUGUUGUGACUAAUCAAGCCCACAAUAGCUGAUGCUCCAAGUACUGAACUCAUCUAAAGGCCAGUUAUUACUUCUUUAAUCAGGGCAGCAUUUUUCAGCUGUGCAAGCAUAAUCAUCAUGAUCACUUAGCCUUUAAUACGAUAAACUCAGUUUAGCAACCAAUGUGCCAUCAGACCACAAGAUGGAUGGUUGCAGAGAGCCUCUGUGCACUGAUGUAGAUAUUGUAUUACAAAAUCAACUAUUUCCUGCAACAACAGUCAUUUACAACAUUAAUGAUGUCUUCACUGCAAAGUAUUGACUUGCUAUUAUUUUAAUAGGCCUAGAUGACAAAUUAACUUUUCCCAAGGAAAUGUCUAAGUGCCUGUAAAUGCAUAUGAAAUACUCUUUUUUUUACUAAAUGUCUCAGAGCAAUAGAGCUCUGAUUUUAUUAUGAUGUUCUGUUGAACUAGGCUACUAGCCUACAAGCCUUAAUAAACCAGGGUCAUUUUUAC